GCCACCUCUUCUCGCGCAUUGCUCUCCUUAGCUAAAAGCUUUUCAACUGCCAAAAACUCCUCCAGAAUACUCUCUCUCUCUUCCGCAAAAUCGCCAGAGCCCCUAAUCGAAGAAGACGCGACGGUCACAUACGUCUGCAACUCCUUCCAUAGAAGCCACAAAUGGGAGUCCCUAGCCCGAGAACUCAGUUUCAUCAAUCUCACCACCUCGCUAGUGAACAAAGUGCUCCUUAGCUUUAAAGACAAAGCCAAUGCAACGAAGGCUCUGAAUUUCUUCCACUGGUCAGGUAAAUCUGCCGGAUUCAGUCAUGGUGUUCAAACCUAUUCCAUCACCGUUCACAUUCUCGCCAAGGCCAGGCUCAUCAAAGACGCCAAGGCAUUAAUUGAGUCAGUUUUUACCAAACUAGAAAAUUCUGACGUUCUUACGGUUCUCGGCUCACUGCUUGAAACUUAUAAAACCACUGAUUCUGUACCUUUUGUGUUUGAUCUGUUCGUGCAAGUCUGUUCUAAGUUGAGGCUGACGGAUAAGGGGUUUAAUAUUUGUAAAGUUUUGGAUGAUAAUGGAUUUGUUCUUAGUGAAUUUAGUUAUAAUGCAUUGCUCCAUGUUCUCCAAAAAUCUGAAAAGCAUGGAAUGGUUUGGGAUAUAUAUGGUCAUAUGAUUGAGAAAAGAGUAAACCCUAAUCUAACCACAGUUGAAACCAUGGUUAAUGCUAUGUGUAAAGAAGGGAGGCUGCAAUGGUUUGUGGAUGUUGUGGGAAAUAUUCACAGGGGGAAGAGAUGUGGGCCUGGGGUGGUUGUGAAUACUUGUUUGAUCCAUGGGAUUAUAGAAGAUGGAAGAAUGGGAUACGGAUUGAAAUUGUUAAAGAGAAUGUUGCAGAAAAAUAUGAUCAUUGAUACGGUUUCAUAUUCUCUGAUUGUUUUUGCGAGAGUGAAGAUGGGGGAUUUGGAUUGCGCAUGGGAGGUGUAUGAUGAAAUGCUCAAGAGAGGUUUCCAAGGAAAUGCAUUUGUGUAUGACGCUUUUAUCGCAUCAUAUUGUGAAAAAGGAAGAGUGGACGACGCAAUUGAGAUUUUAGGGCAAAUGGAAAGUGUAGAUAUCAAACCACUCAUUGAGACAUUUGAGCACUUGAUGAAGGGUUGUUCAAAUGCAGGAAGGGUGAUGGAGAGUUUGGAUUUUUGCAAGAAGAUGGUGCUGAUGGGAUUUGUCCCUAGCUGUUUGGCUUUCAAUGCAAUGGUAGAGAAGCUCUGUGAAAAUGGAAUUGCAAAGGAGGCUGAUCGAAUGUUGACUGAGCUUUUAGAUAAAGGGUUUGUUCCUGACCAAAACACUUAUUCUCAUCUUCUUGCUGGUUAUGCAAAAGAAGGCAGCGACAUUGAAGGAGCACUCAAGCUUUAUUACGAGAUGAAGUAUAGGUCGAUCUCUCCUAAUUCUGCUUCCUUUUCUUGGUUGAUAAUUGGUCUAUUUAAGGUUGGAAGACUAAGUGAAGCACACAAGUUUCUAGGUUUAAUGAAAGCAGAAUGUUUCACAUCCAGCAGUUCUGAUGACAAGUUGAUUUCCUCCCGGUUACUUGGAGGAGGAUCGAAGCAGAGUUGUUGAUCAGCUAGCUAUAUAGAGAGAUGAUGGAGGAUGAUCAAUUACUUGCAAAUUAUUUCACGUUGAGGUUUAUUAGUUAGCACUCAAUGAUUGGAUAUUGUACUCAUCUGAUCCCAGGAUAUAAAACCAUGAAUACGAUGGAAUCAU